AUGCCGGACACCCAUUGCGGCGCACGCCGCCCUUUCUGCUUCCACCGAGACGAGGGACAGGAAGCAGAGCGGCUUCUGGGCGCAAGCCGCUUCCGGCGCGGUGUCCUGGGCGCCGCCAUUUUCCCGCCCCCGCAGGAAAGCCGAGGCAUGUCUUCCAGCGUCGAGCGCGUCGCUUCCUCACCGGAGCAGAAACGGUCCUUUUUCUGGUCCUGCUUCAGCUGCCGCGCCCUGAGCGGGGGGGCACUGAUCGCCUCCUCCUUGUUCGUCUAUUCGGGGCCCCUCCGGAUUAUGAGCCAGAGGAUCCCCCCCAGCAUGGGCAACAUCGCCCAGAUGACCUUCGCUGUCUGUAAGUGGGGGGCGCAGAGAGGGGCGGGGGGGGGCGGCUCCGGGCUGAGCUGCGGCUCACCAGGGCCAGAUUUAGGCUUGAUGAGGCCCUCAGCUACUGAAGGUAAUGGGGCCCUUUAUAUGUCCAGCUGUCUGUUGUCUACAACAAAUUGUCGCUGUUUUUUGUGUUGAAUAUAUGCUCAUACCCUUAGUCUGUGCUGCCUGAUCAUCAGUCUGCAAGCACUCUUUAAUAUUAGAUAACAGGUACAACAGCUUGACUUACAUUCAACUGUGCUGCACUGCAGUCUGCAGCUGCGUGCUACAUGUUGCCCUGCAACCAGUCCAUGCAAAAUGUAGCCACCCUAUAUAUAGAAAUGAACAAACCAGUGAUAUUUUAGGGAGCAGACUAGCAGGCGGGGCCCAUUACUUACAGCAUAGGAGCCUACACAACACAAAACACUGUUGCUGUAUGUAGGUUUUAUUUUAUUUGUUUUUUAUCGUAUAUUUUGGAAAUGUACAUCCAGUUUUUUUCCCUUUAAUUUUUUUUGGGCCUCCAAGAUAGUGGGGCCCUAAGCUAUAGCUUGUUUAGCUUAUACAUAAAUCUGGCACUGGGCUCAGCGCCAGGACUGACUGAGAGAUCGACAUUUGGGUGAAGUCGCCUCUGAGCAUAUGCAGUGUGCGUUUGCCCUCGCCGUAGUGAAGGUAACUGCGUCUGCCCUUCUGAGCUGGUGGGUGUGGAUUUCAGACCUUACCCUGCCCAUCCCAGGGGACAUCAACUGCCUCUGCUUCUUGGAAAAGUUAAGGUUCAAGUCCUCAUGGUUGUGAACUGAAGGCGCUGUUUUCAAACGGGAGCAUAGGAAGCCUUGUAGCUCGUCGGGACAAUAUUGCCUACUACAACAUAGCCCCAGCUCUGCAGAGUCCCUCCUCCUGGCCCUUUCUGGGGAUGCCCUUGGGGGAUUCAGCCCCUGGGACCUUCUGCGAGCAUGGGCCUCAGUACAGUGGUGCCUUGGGUUACAUACGCUUCAGGUUACAUAUGCUUCAGGUUAUAGACUCCACUAACCCAGAAAUAUUACCUCUGGUUAAGAACUUUGCUUCAGGAUGAGAACAGAAACUGUGCUCCGGCAGCACAGCAGCAGCAGCAGGAGGCCCCAUUAGCUAAAGUGGUGCUUCAGGUUAAGAACAGUUUCAGGUUAAGAACGGACCUCCGGAACGAAUUAAGUACUUAACCUGAGGUACCACUGUAAUCAGAUCCCUGUCUAGGCCAGCAACUUUUUUAUGGCCAAGUGUUUUAUUAGCUCUUCAGCAGGGCGUCAGGGCAGUUGUCCCCCUCCCACCCUGUUUGUUUCCAGCACCUGGUCCUCAGUGAGUAGACUGCUGUUGACCAUGGAGGCUCUGUUGUCAUGGUGAAUAACUAUUGUCGUUACUUUUAUCUUCCACUGAUCUGAUUACUGAGGCCCAUUUCUUGUUCAGAUGUUGAUCUAUGCUGAGAGGUGCACCUUAUUUCUAGGGUGACCCCCCAAAAAACUGUACUUGGGAAAGUUGGUUCAGUGGGAGUGCUAAUAUCUCUCCUAGUUUUAGUCCAAAUCAUUCAACAUAUAUGGGGCAGGAAACCAGCCCUUAAAUCAGAUAGACUAGCAAUCAUUUCUCUUCCCUCGUCUUGCGGGGUAUUGGCGAUGUCUGUUUUGAAGUCAGCUCUGCACUUUGUUUCUUCCUGCUGUUUGUGGCAUACAUCCUUGGCUGACUUAAGAUCAAGGGGGGGGGGACCUCAGAACCAGGGGGCCAAAUGGGCCCCUCUAUCUGGCCCUUGGAACUCUUCCUUGGGCCACACCCAUGUUUUUCUUUUUCUCCCUUCCAGGUCUCUUCUGUUGGGGUGUUACUAUUUGGGUAAACCCAGUUGGAAGCUACAAGAAAGAUGAGUGAAUAGCUCUUUACUGGAUGCACAUCAUCUUUUUCCGGAUCUGGCAGGAGUUCAAACCGUAGCCAAUAAAAGACUACUGGAGGGAAAUACCCUGGAUUUGUUUGUGAUGUCCGUGGCAAGCUGGUUUAUAUGCCAAGAAGACACCGUGCAGCCUCUGCAGAGACUUUAGCAUAUCAUGCUUUCCUUAUGACAGAGAUUGUCAGUAGAAGCUGUGAUGUAUGUCAUAGCUGGGAGGGGAGAAAAUCUGCUUCCUCCUGCAUUAAAAAACCCCAACCCUAAGCACCAUGUAUUCUAUGUAAAUAUUUAACUGGAUUUGUUUUAAUUAAAUCAAGCUCUGUUUCCGCAUCAGGGGCUAUAGUUUCACUUAGGGGUUCCCCUCCCUGGUUUUUAUCUUAAUUGCAGCAGCAUGCAAAGAGAAGUGGAAGGAAGAGGUUCCUUGCUCCCUCCCACAACACAAUUUGUGAAAGAGGUCAAGGAGGGCCACUGGCUUCAAUAGGGGAUUUAAAAGGACGCAAAACUAAUUUAGAAAUUGUUGAGUGCUGUUAAAAGAGGCUGCUGCAGUUGCAAGAGACACCAAUUCCUACAAUUGCACAACAUGACAUCUAAAAUAGCAGCUCAAAUACCAACCAUCCAGGACCCUGAUGGAAGGUUUGUCCAAUUGGCAGUGACCCCCAUAAGCAGCAUGGCCUUCUCAGUGGUGGCUCCUCAUUUGUGUAAUCCUCCCCCCAAUUGAGAUGCAUCUGUCUUUCUCAUGAGCAAUCAGGUGGAAUUUAAAAACAGUCCUCUUCACCCAGG